ACAUCCUGUGAAUCAUCUGGCUCAUCUGACGUUGUUUACUUCAAACGCGGAAAAGCAAACAGAAGAAAUUGCACAGCGGUCCGUUCUCUCUUCGUAUCUACAGAGUGAGGAUAGAAGCAUCUUACAUGCCAAUUCACGACAUUUCGUCACAAUAGUGGCAGAAAACGUCAACUGCCCUUGACCAGGCUACAGCACAUACAGAAAUGGCAUCUGCAUGCUAUCAGGACAUUGAGAAAGAUUUCAUAAAAUGUGGAGAAACACAAGAUUCAAGGAAAUACCUACAGCAGGUGUCUGAUGCAGUGUUCAAACAUCAUCAUGCUAGUAUUGCUCUCAAGAAGCCAAAGGAAUCAGAGUGGAAGAUUGCGGGCCUGGAUGACACGUCCUACAAAGGAGAAGAGGAAAUUAAGGAGUGGAAGAACUUCUACCUAAACAGUGUGGAGAUGGAGGUGUUAGGAGCUGUGGAAAACCUCGUCCCGACAGAGAGUGGCCAGCUGGUCAUAAUGCUGUGUGAGGACCGUCAGGUGUAUGCUUAUGACGGAGAGGAGAUGCACCUGGUCGCUCUGAGCCUGGGGGAAGUCUUUGACUCUGGGCUUCAGUAUCCUGGCAUCAAGUCCUUCUACAGAGGGGAGUGCUUUAAGAACAUGACUAAAGAAGACUGGGCCACGGUAAGACAGGGCAUAGUGGGGAGGAGACUUGAAAAGGAGCACCAGGAUUUACUGAGACAAGCCAAACCCAGCUUCCUGAGUUGUCUUGACUCCAUCAAAGGAGCAAGCCGCACAGUCACAGGUGCCUGUAGCUAUCACAAACCAGUGGAACCUCCAACAGUACUUGAUGGACUUCGUACGGUUGAAAUCCUGUGAACGGGAUCCAAAUUCAAACAAAUCUCAUAAUUCAAAUUCCUCAAACAUACACGUAUUAUACACCAUUUUAAAGAUACACUUGUUGUUAAUCCCACCACAGUAUCCGAUUUCAAAAAGGCUUUACGAGCAUACCAUGCGAUUAUGUUAAGUGAGUGCCUAGUCACAAAAAACAGCCAUUUUUCAAGCCAAAGAGAAGAGUCACAAAAAGCAGACAUAAAGAUACAAUUAAUCACUAACCGUUGAUCUUUAUCAGAUGCCCCCCAAAAGAAAUAUGCCGUCUGUAGCCUGCACUCUUAAUAGCGUUUGGAGAUUACGUGAUAUGUUUUUAAUUUUCCAGGUAGGCUACAUCGUUUGUAAAGCGGAUUGUGCUUAAUUUUAAGAAUUGAGCUAUGAAUAUAGCAACAUGAGAAAGCUGGGAUCCUCUUUUAAAUAGUAGCCACUCAAAACUCUGUUCUCACACACGAUUGCGCAAUGACUGGGCUUAUAAGAACCCAUUUCACUAGGCUCUGUAGGCUAUGGGCUCUCCAACUGUGUUCCAGGGGUCUUGGGACUACAUGCUACGUUUGGAGUUAUUUGGCCACUUUAGUUGUGAAUCAACGUUAUCAAAACAUAUAGGCCUAUGUGCUAGGCUACAUGAAGCUUGCGAGUAUGAUUAGAAAAACUCCCACAAAAAAAUGCAUGCGCUGUUUCUUGCCUUAGACUGCACACGCUGGGCAUCAUUCACAAGUGAUAAUAUUCUCACCCCCAUCAAACUAUUUUCAAUUUAAUCUAGUCUUUACACAUACUAAAUAAUAUGUGUGAAAUUUGGUUUUGAUUUAGAAUUGGCCAUUAUCAUGCACCUGUUGGAACAGGGGAUGGGGGAAAAAGACAUGUUGUCCUUGAAUAGCAAAUGGAGGAUGCUUUCCCCUAGGUUAAUUUUCUUGCCAGCCAGUUCGGCUACUCCAGUAGCCGAAGUCUUAUCUGACUGUAUAUUUACAGCAGUGGUAGAAAAUUCAGUAAACAUGUUGAUAACUUUGAAUGUUUAACUUUUUCCCCUCCAAAGUACGCAUGUUACCUGUUUAAACCUCUCCUGCACAUUCUUCCUGUCACAUCACUCCUGAACCAUUCCAUACUCUACAGCUCUACAGGAGUCUACACUACCAACCAAUCACUUAAUCUGCCCCAGAAGCUCUGUGCUGGACCAAUCAUAUAUUUUGUGCACUAAUAAACAAAUAUACACAAAUUAA